AUGGCGGGCCUGGCGGUGCCAGAGACCGGUGGUGGGGCCAGGCAGGGGGCACCGCCCAAGCAGGAAGCCCAAGCAGCAGGGAGGCUGCCCAGGGGUGGGCACUGGGCCAUGCCAGGCAGGGAGGGGGCAGCGCAACCACAGGGCAGCAUCAGGCCUGCUGGAGGCAUUGUCUUCUCCUCACAGCCCGACGGCACCCGUGUGCCCAUGGAGGUCGUGCUGAUGGAGAAGGUGGGCUCUGGUUGCCACUACAUCAUCCAGCUCCUCGACUGGUUUGAGCUGCCUGACAGCUUCCUACUGGUCAUGGAGCGUCCGGAGGCAUCGCGGGAUCUCCUGCAGCUCCUGCUGGAGCACGAGGUCCUGAGCGAGGAGAUGGCGCGCUGGCUUUUCCGCCAGGUGCUGGAGGCCGUGCGGCACUGCACCGCCUGCGGCGUCCUGCACCGUGACAUCAAGCCCCAGAACCUCCUCGUGAACCCGGAGAGUGGCGACCUGAAGCUCAUCGACUUCGGUUGCGGCACCUUCCUCCAGGAGCGGCCCUACACACAAUUUGCCGGAACACACGUGUACAGCCCACCCGAGUGGAUCGCCUGUGGCUGCUACUACGGCCAUUCGGCAACCAUCUGGUCCCUGGGCGUGCUACUGUACGUCAUGGUCUGCGGGAACCUCCCCUUCUGCAAGGACCAUGACAUCGUGUCGGGGCAGCUCUUCUUUGGGCACCAGGUCUCUCCAGCGUGUGAAGAUCUGAUCCGCUGGUGUUUGGCCAAGCACCCCGUGGACAGGCCGGAGCUGGAGGACAUCUUGUGCCAUCCUUGGGUGCGGGGCGGGCGUUUCUGA